AUGAGUAGCCGUAAGGAAGCUCUUACAUCAUUGGAGACUGGAGAAAAUUUGAGAAAGAAAACAAAUGAUGAGCUUGUAAGUGCAAUACUAUACAAGCAAAUCAUUGGAUCCUUGAGAUAUCUUUUCAUUACUAGGUCAUACAUUUGUCAAAGUGUCGGAUUGUUGAGUAGGUCCACGGAGAAGCCUCAAGAAUGUCAUCUAACAGCAGUCAAGGGAAUGAUGAGCUACAUCAAAGGUAAGAUUGAUCAUGGUGUGCUGAUGUCGAGGAAAAAGAAGACCAGCGUCGAUGCAGAGGUAUAUUGCUACACUGAUUCAGAUUUCAGUGGAGAUCAAGACAUGAAAAAGAGUAAUGUAUGCUACAUAUUCAUGAUUGUAGGUGCCCCAAUUUCAUGGAGUUCAGGAAAGCAAGGCAUUGUGGCUUUGUCAUCUUGUGAAGCUAAAUAUGUGACUGCAUCAUAUGCAACAUGUCAAGUAGCAUGGAUAAAGAUGUCGCUCGAAGAUCUCAAGAUAAUGGAAACUGAGAAAAAAGAAGUUGUUUGUCGACAACAAGUCAGCUAUCGACUUGGCGAAUCAUCUAGUGUGUCAUGGUCGAAGUAA